AGAAUGUUCGCGGUAGAUCGCAGGUUCAAAGUUCAUCUAUUCCAGCAUGCUUGUUCUUACUCUGGCCUAGAGAAGUGCGCACGCAGGGCAGCAAGUACCGGUAGAGCGAGCUCAGUAACGUUGCAGCAUACAUGGCUGACAACAAGGCAAAAGUGAGUGCAUUUGUCUGGGCAUGUCAGUAUUCUGUAGGUGAAUACAGAGCACACAACUUCUGUGUGUAUUCAUUGGGUGGAGCAGUGGGAUCACCUUGAAUAGUGUGUCCUGUCAAUGGGCGGUUGGCAACGUCAGUUACAGGGUGGCAAGCUCUAACGUUUGUAACCAACGCCAAAGCUAUGCGUGAAGCAGUGUGUGUAGCCAUACAUAUGCAACCGUGGCGGGCGACGUGUACAUAGUUGCGGCUGAACGGUCUCCCAGGGGAAGAGGGAGGAGGUGGAGGAGCUGAUGAGAUGUGCGGACGAGGCUAGGGAGGCGGGGCAGUACCCCACAGCUGUCAGCCACUACUCCCAGGUCCUGGAGGUGGAUGCUGAGAACAGUGAGGCCUACCUCAGGAGGGCUCAGGUCCACCGGCUACAGAAAAACCAUCAGAGUGCUCUCUCUGAUGUCAAUAGAGCCUUGAGAAUAGACAGCAAGAACGCUGAGGCUCUGCUACUGAAAGGAGAGGUGUUUGAAGGGAUGAGGAGCUAUAAGGACGCCAGCGACACCUACCGCAGAGCUCUGGCCACCCAUCCUGGUCACAGAGACCUGGAGAACGCCUUGAAUAGGGUUCAGAGCAAACAAAAGGCUAUUGAAAAUCCGUUCUGCGCUGCCGACACGAUGGAUCGUCUGAGAGCAAGCUCCACUACCAAGGCAUUCAUGGAGGACGCAGCAUUUGUCUCCAAACUGGAGGAACUCCGAGCUGAGCCCAACAAACUAAUGAGACACAUGGAGGAUGAGCGUAUUGUGACAGCCCUAGCUGUGCUGAUGAAUAUUAACUUCCCAACACCAGGAGGAGGAGGAGGAGGAGGAGGAGGGGGAGGAGGGGAUCCUCUGGUGAGACCUCCUCCACAGACCUUGGAAGACCUGGAGGACCUCACAGGAGAACCGGGAGAAGUCCACCAGACCAGGACUAAUGCCCCCACUCGUGUUGCUCCUCCUGACAGGAGCAAGGCACUGGAGGAGAAGGAGAAGGGAAACGCGGCCUACAAGAAGAAAGAGUUUGACGUGGCACUCCAGCACUAUGACAGGGCUCUGGAGCUGGACCCCACCAAUAUCACCUUCCUCACCAACAAGGCCGCUGUCUACUAUGAGCAGGCGGACUGGGAGCAGUGCCUGAGGACAUGUGACCUGGCCGUGGAGAGAGGCAGGGAGCACAGGGCUGACUUCAAGAUCAUUGCCAAG